AUGUAUUCAAGAUUCUGCAGUACUCCAGAAAGAAAAGAAAGAAAUAUAGGUAUGAUAUUCAGGUUUGCCUUGUUCUUUUUCAUUGGAUGUGCCCUGGCCCUCCCAAAACCAGAAGCCAAGCCUGUUCCUGAAGCUAAAGCUGAUGCCAAACCCGGUGUUUUAGCACCAGUAGUAGCACCUGCUGUUGCUUAUACUGCCGCAUACUCAGCACCAGUUGCUUACAGCGCUUAUUAUCCAUACGUUUCACCAUAUGCUGCUGCCUACACAGCUUAUUCUCCAUAUGCUGCUUAUUCGGCACCAUUGGUAGUAGUUUAAAUCCUGAAAU